GCCGGCCGUACUAGAACAUCGACGGAGGCAAUGGGGUCUUCCUUCUCGAGCCUGAGCGGCGAGGCUAAGGAUUCGGCAAUCGGACCGAGCCUCGGCGAUAUACCGGAGAGCUGCGUUGCUUGCGUGAUUCUGCACCUCACGCCGCCGGAGAUUUGCAAUCUGGCCCGCCUUAAUCGAGCAUUUCGCGGCGCGGCUUCGUCGGAUUCCGUGUGGGAGAAGAAGCUGCCGCGUAAUUACCAGGAUCUGCUUGAUCUGUUUCCGCCGGAGAGGUAUCAGAGUCUCUCGAAGAAGGAUAUCUUCGCCUUGCUCUCUCGUCCUGUGCCCUUCGACGAUGGUAAUAAGGAGGUGUGGAUCGAUAGAGGGACAGGACGGGUUUGUAUGGCGAUUUCUUCAAGAGGAAUGGCUAUAACUGGAAUCGAAGAUCGCAGGUAUUGGAAUUGGAUUUCAACUGAAGAAUCAAGGUUCCAUGUUGUGGCCUACUUACAGCAGAUUUGGUGGUUUGAAGUAGAUGGGAUGGUGAGAUUCAAUCUUCCUCCUGGUAUAUACUGUCUAUCAUUCAGGAUCCACCUCGGAAGAUUCUCGAAAAGGUUGGGAAGACGAGUUUGCCAUUUCGAACACACGCACGGUUGGGAGUUAAAGCCUGUGCGGUUUUCACUCUCAACUUCAGACGGACAAGAGGCUUCUUGUGAAUAUUACUUGGCUGAUAAAGAAGUGGAGCAAACAAGUAGGGAACACAAAGGAGGAGGAGGAGGAGGAGGAGGAUUCUGGAGAGAUUAUAAAGUUGGAGAGUUUGUUGUAAGUUGCUCUGAGCCAUCAACGGAAGUACGAUGGUCGAUGAAACAGAUCGAUUGCACACAUUCCAAAGGCGGAAUCUGUGUGGAUUCGGUCUUCAUCAUCCCUAUCGACGUGAAGGAGCGCAACAGGAAGAAAGCUUAUAGUUAG